GAUCAUGCAAGCACUUAUUCUUUUUUCUCCUUUACUCUUUAGUAUCAUAUCUUGUUUCAUCUUUUCUUCAAGAAGAAAUUAAACACAAUGGAUGCUUUUUCUUCAACUUUCCUUUCUACAUUAUCACAACACCCUAAAUCUCUUCUUUCUCCUAAUAAUAAUUAUUCUUCCAACUACACAUCUUCUUCUCCUACUCUAAAAAUCUGCAAUGUUAGAAUUGAAGAAAGGCCACAAACUACCACUACCACUACUAGGACAAAACCACAAGAAAAUCCAACCCCUUCAUCACAAAAACCAACUCCGAAGAGGGAGUUGCCUAUAAAGCCAACACCCUCAAGAAAGCCUCUAGAGCCAUCACUUCCAUCCGUUAUCUUCAAUGCAUUUGACGAUUUUGUGAAUACUUUCAUUGAUCCUCCUCUGAGAUCUUCUGUUGAUCCGAGGUAUGUUCUCUCUAGUAACUUUGCUCCAGUGGAUGAGCUUCCUCCUACUGAAUGCGAAGUAGUGAAAGGCUCCCUUCCAUCUUGUUUAAACGGAGCAUACAUUCGAAAUGGUCCUAACCCUCAAUAUCUUCCACGUGGUCCUUACCAUCUUUUUGACGGAGAUGGAAUGCUUCACUCUAUUAGAAUUUCCCAAGGCAAAGCUACGCUCUGCAGUCGAUAUGUCAAAACUUACAAGUACACCAUCGAACGCGAAGCCGGUUCUCCCAUUAUCCCUAAUGUGUUCUCCGGUUUCAACGGUCUCUCUGCCUCAGUCGCGCGUGGCGCUAUCACUGCGGCCCGAGCCAUUGUGGGACAGUUCAAUCCCACCAACGGAAUAGGCCUUGCAAACACAAGCUUGGGUUUAUUUGGGGGUAAACUUUUCGCCCUUGGUGAAUCUGAUUUACCAUAUACAGUAAAAAUAGCCCCAGAUGGUGAUAUUAUUACCCUCGGUCGUCACGAUUUUGAUGGAAAGCUUUUUAUGAGCAUGACAGCACAUCCCAAAAUCGACUCGGAAACUAAUGAAGCCUUUGCUUUUCGUUACGGUCCAAUGCCUCCAUUUUUAAGUUACUUUCGGGUCGAACCAAAUGGUACAAAAACCCCAGAUGUGCCCAUAUUUUCCAUGACCCGCCCAUCAUUUCUUCAUGACUUUGCAAUUACAAAAAAAUACGCAAUAUUUUCAGACAUACAAAUUGGUAUGAACCCAAUUGAGUUAAUCACUGGUGGUUCACCCGUGGGUGCUGACUCGGGGAAAAUCCCCAGACUUGGUGUGAUUCCACGUUACGCCAAGGAUGAGUCGGAAAUGAAGUGGUUCGAUGUGCCAGGGUUUAACAUUAUACACGCGAUCAACGCCUGGGAUGAGGAUGGAGGCGAUACGAUAGUGUUGGUGGCACCAAAUAUAUUAUCCGUAGAACAUACACUAGAGAGGAUGGACAUGGUACAUGCAUGUGUUGAGAAAGUGAAAAUAGAUUUGAAGACAGGAAUGGUGAGCAGACAUCCUGUUUCUACUAGGAAUCUUGAUUUUGGAGUCAUCAAUCCUGCUAAUGUUGGCAAGAAGAACAAGUACGUAUAUAAAAAUCCAAUCUUCACUAAAUUCAUAUUCAUGGUACGUAUAUGCAGCCAUAGGGGACCCUAUGCCUAAGAUUACAGGGAUCGCAAAACUAGACGUAUCUGUAGCAGAAGUUGAUCGUCGCGAUUGCAUAGUGGCAUGCAGGCUAUUUGGAGAAGGUUGCUUUGGUGGUGAGCCGUUUUUCGUGGCUAAAAAUCCUGACGAUCCAUCAGCUGAUGAAGACGAUGGCUAUGUGGUGUCGUAUGUGCACAAUGAGAAGACAGGGGAAUCAAAUUUUUUGGUCAUGGAUGCAAAAUCCCCUAAUCUUGACAUUGUGGCUGCUGUCAAAUUGCCUCAGCGUGUGCCUUAUGGUUUCCAUGGGCUUUUCGUGAGGGAAAGUGAUCUUAAUAAGCUAUAGUACGUACAUACCGAUAAUUGAUUAAAUUAUUUGCAACAUAUGUUUUCUUUGUUCUUGAACAUCAAAUUAAAGUUGUCGUGGUGAAAGUAUAAUAUGUAUAUAAUACUAGAUAUAUAUGUACAAAUAUGUGUUUUUCGAAUAAUAUUUUUUACUUACA